CCAAUAAUAAGUCUAAGUUUAGUGUAAGCCAAUCAUGUCAUUGGUCCGUUUUUUAUUUUUUACGUUCAGUAAGAAUAGGCUACCGUUCCAUCUGAAGGACUGUGUCGAUGACAUCACUAUCACGCCGCGCCUCCCACCGACGUGCGGUAGAAAUGUCAGACAACCGGCAGCUUCGCCUUCACGCCAGUUGAAUUACGAAACAGACUACAGCACAGGUGCACCUAACGAUCAAGAUGCAUAUAUAUAUUUUUUAAUCGGAUAAUGCAAUUGGAAUACAGUAUAUUUAUUCACAGUCUACGAGUUUAAUAUUAUUUUGUUUAAAAGACGACGUUGCUGUUGUGGUCGGAUCACUUAAAUCCCAAUAAUGCCUUUUCCGCCGAUAAAUCUCCAACGAAUCUCUUCUCCUGGGAGAGAGCUGUUCAAGAAAAAGAAACAGACCGAGGAAAAAGACUCGGAAAAGGAAAAGAUGUCGAAGUCUUGGACUACAGCCAAUCUGAGGAAUUUGGGGCGAAAACCCCAGCAACAGACAUCCAAACUCCCGAUUCAGGAGACAGAAGGUCUGAAGAACUCCUGGCUAAUUUUACCCAAACAAUCUCAGGACGCGUGCCAGAGCGUUUCGCGUUCCAGUUCGGUGGAAGUCGCCAAGCACCGGGACAGGAGUAAGCUGUCCUCGCGGAGUUCCAUGGGAAAGGACGAGGCAGGAGAAGAAAGGGAGAUUCAAUUCUCUCUGAGCCUCACACCGGAGGCCAUUCUCGUUAUUCAAAAGCGCAGUUUAGAACAACAGAUACUAGACAAACAGCAGACGUGUUGUGCGUCCGUGGACUUUCGGCACAGGCGAGUCUUUCCAUCCAAACGGACUCGAGGUGGUUCCAAAAGCACGACCAUCCCCGUCGCCAAUCUGGAACAUGCAGAGGACAUUACAACCAUAGUAAAAAUCUCUUUACUAAAUGAUAAAUAUAAGUACGAUGACGUGGAAUAUGAAGAAGAAGAUGGAGAUGUGGAUGAGAAGGUGGUGCAGAAAUGCAAAGAAUGGCUGAAAGGAGUUGAAAGCGCCUCUGCUUUUGGAAAAGUGGACAAACUAUCUGCCCUUCCCCACCUAAAAAACUGCUGACUACCGCUUGUGAUAUUAUAGGACUUUAAUAUGAUGUGAUAUGGCAAGCUAUGAACAUUGCACAUUGUAGCCUACACAAAGGAUAUGGAUUAUUUGUAGCCUAUCCACUGACACUGCUCACCAUGACGCACGACGCACACUUUCCACACAAAUGGUAAUGGUGUUUUUACUAGUCUAAUUCUAAUGUCUGAAUUUAAUACCCUUUAAUGUUGACACUGGCAGAAUCCUGUGUUCUCUUCUUUUGCACGUGGCUUUGUUUUUUUAUUGAGGUGGCUUUAUUCGUUGGUUGGCAUCAGAGGGCGCGAGGGUGGUUAGGGUAUCUGACGGAAUGGAAUGAGGUGCCUGUAUGAGCGGCCUGCGAUCCAAGGACCCUCUUCCUUUGUGUCCAAGAACAAUAGCUGUCAACUGCGACGACAGCGUUACUUUGUGCGUUUUCUUUUGGGGAAUAAACGAUUGUUUCUUACCCUCUCAGAAGAGGCCCCUGUUUUUUGCAUUGUCUGGAAAAGUAAAGGAAAACAUGUUUUACAUGUGGAACAGAUUUGUACAGUAUUUAUUAUGAGGGACAGGGGUUAUGUUUGUAUCAGCUCAAAUGUUUCGUUCUACUUGGACAUUUCUUAUGCCAUUUGUAUGGAGUAAAAUGCUUAGAAUCUACAUGCACUGAGCAUAACAUUUUUACUUAUUUCAUGAGUAUGGAAAUGACCUCUGACAGUUAUGUGAUUUAAGAAACCCAAUACAAUUCAAGCUAGGCAAGAAUGCAGUGUCUGGUACACCAACUAUAUGCCUAUCCAAAUGGUAGCCAUAUCCUCCUGUCCUAUCUAUCUAUAGGCCUAUCCAAAUGGUAGCCAUAUCCUCCUGUCCUAUCUAUCUAUAGGCCUAUCCAAAUGGUAGCCAUAUCCUCCUGUCCUAUCUAUCUAUAGGCCUAUCCAAAUGGUAGCCAUAUCCUCCUGUCCUAUCUAUCUAUAGGCCUAUCCAAAUGGUAGCCAUAUCCUCCUGUCCUAUCUAUCUAUAGGCCUAUCCAAAUGGUAGCCAAAUGGUAGCCAUAUCCUCCUGUAUCCAUUACUUGAAUGAAGGUCUGUUGCUAAGAUGACAACUGUAACCAAUAACUAAUUAUUGGUUCUGCUUAAUCAACAAGUCUAUUUGUUUAUUAGGAUCCCCAUUAGCUUUUUUUUUUUAGAAGCAGCAGCUACUCUUCCUGGGGUCCACAAAAAUCACAAAACAUGGUAAGUAACAAAACCCUGAUACACUGAUAGACAAGGACAGUCACACAUUUAAAAUGCAACAAUAUACAAACAAUACAACACAAUAAUGUGUGUGUCUCCUCACAGUCCCCGCUGUUCCAUGAGAUGUUGUCUAAUCUCCAUUUAAAGGUCAUUUUACUGUUUGCUUGAGUAAUUGGAGAUCGAAGGGAGUUCCGUGCGAUCAUGGCUCGAUAUAACACUGAGUUGCCGUGAAUUCAUUUUGGACUUGAGGACUGUGAAGAGACCCCUGGUGGCAUGUUGGGGUAUGUAUGGGUCUCUGAGCUGAAUGUUAUUUGAUUAUGCAGAUAAUCUGGACUUUUCAUCAUAGUAAUAUUUCUCAUAACUAGAAGAGAAGCUGUUAAGUCUCUCGUCAACCCUCAACCAGGAAGGACUGGCAUGUUAGUUCUGUAUGUGUAGUUAAGGGCAAGGUGUGCUGCUCUGUCUGUCUUUGUUGUACCUGACCAUAUCACUUUAACAUAUUAACAUAUUACCUUACAUAUUAACAUAUUACCUUACAUAUUAACAUAUUACCGUACAUAUUAACAUA